CCGCUUGGUGAUGGACCUGAGAGAUUGAUUCUCGCAAGACAAGCAUUUCUUGCAAUGCUUCCUCUCCCUGCUGACAUCCCAGACGAUGCUCUAAACCCAAUUGUCAUCCCUCAGCCAUACAUCCUGCAUGAAUUCUUGGGCAAUACUUCUGGUGUCAGUGCCCUGUAUAUAUCUACCCUGUCAAACUAUCGUGUCCUUGGCCAACCGACAACCUACUGGUGCCCAGAGCGCGAAGAACAUGGAUAUUUGCUUACCCCCAUUUUCAAGUGUAGCGCCAAUCCCCGAGUAACAACAGCACAUCGAUGGACUGUGGCAGAUGUGAUUGGCACCAUGGACAGGCCUACUGAGUGCUUCUACAACAAGGACGGGAAGUGGUACUACGUCGGCAUAUACAAGGCUUUUCGCAUGGACGAUCUAACCACGGAAGAGUGGGAAGCUCUUUCAAUCGAGAACCUCUCGCCCCAGAACCUCUACGAGACUGGACAGUUGUAUGCUGUUGGUGCCCUUCGUGUUGCGUGUAUCGGACUGCAGUGUGCAGGAUUCAGCUCUGCGAUGUAUCGUGCGGUCUUGGAACAAGCA